AUGGCCGACCAGAAAGUCGCUUUAAUUGUUAUUGAUGGCUGGGGUGUCUCUAACCCCAAGUCGCUCCCCAAUAGCGAUGCCAUCGCCGCUGCCGACACUCCGUUUAUGUCCGGCUUCGCUGAGGCCAAUUCCAAGACCGCCCAGGGUUUCACCGAGCUCGAGGCCUCCUCCCUCGCAGUCGGCUUACCUGAAGGCCUAAUGGGCAACAGUGAGGUCGGCCACUUGAACAUUGGUGCCGGUCGUGUUGUCUGGCAGGACAGUGUUCGUAUUGACCAGACCCUGAAGAAUGGCGAGUUGAACAAGGUGGACAGUGUUGUCAAGGCCUUCACUCGUGCCAAGGAGGGCAAUGGUCGUUUGCACCUCUGCGGUCUGGUUUCGGACGGUGGUGUCCACUCCAACAUCACUCACUUGUUCGCUCUGCUUGAGGUCGCCAAAGAAUUCCAGAUUCCUCAGGUUUACAUCCACUUCUUUGCUGAUGGUCGUGAUACCGACCCCAAGAGCGCUACCAUUUACCUGGAGCAGCUCCUGGCCAAGACAAAGGAGCUUGGCGUCGGUACCAUUGCCACCGUCGUUGGCCGUUACUACAUUAUGGACCGCGACAAGCGCUGGGAGCGUGUCGAGGUCGGCCUGAAGGGUCUGGUCACCGGCGAAGGCGAAGACAGCGAGGACCCUCUUCAGACCAUCAAGGAACGUUAUGAGAAGAGCGAGAACGAUGAGUUCCUGAAGCCCAUCAUUGUUGGCGGCAAGGAACGCCGUAUCCAGGAUGAUGACACUGUCUUCUUCUUCAACUACCGCUCGGAUCGUGUCCGUGAGAUUACCCAGUUGCUGGGUGACUUCGACCGCUCCCCACGUCCCGAUUUUCCCUACCCCAAGAACAUUUCUCUCACCACCAUGACCCAGUACAAGACCGAUUACACUUUCCCCGUUGCUUUCCCCCCUCAGCACAUGGGCAAUGUUCUAUCCGAGUGGAUGGGCAAGAAGAACCUUCAGCAGUGCCACAUCGCCGAGACUGAGAAGUAUGCACACGUUACUUUCUUUUUCAACGGUGGUGUUGAGAAGCAGUUCCCCGGUGAAGUUCGUGACAUGAUUCCCUCGCCCAAGGUGGCCACUUAUGAUCUUGAUCCCAAGAUGAGCGCCGCCGCUGUCGGUACCAAGAUGGCGGAGCGCAUUGGUGAGAACAAGUUUGACCUCGUUAUGAACAACUUCGCCCCGCCUGACAUGGUCGGCCACACUGGUGUGUACGAAGCUGCCAUUCAAGCCGUUGCUGCCACCGACAAGGCCAUUGGUGAGAUCUACGAGGCUUGCAAGAAGAACAACUACAUCCUCUUUAUUACUGCUGAUCACGGUAAUGCCGAGGAGAUGCUUAACGAGAAGGGUACUCCCAAGACCUCCCACACCCUUAACAAGGUUCCCUUCGUCAUGGCCAAUGCCCCAGCUGGCUGGAGCCUCGAAAAGGAGGGCGGUGUUUUGGGUGACGUCGCGCCCACCGUGCUUGCUGCCAUGGGCGUCGAGCAACCCGCCGAGAUGACGGGUAAGAACCUGCUGGUCAAGGCAUAG